AUGUACACAUCAUUACUUGUUCGACGAGUCAUCUGUAAUCGCUGCUUUUCAUUACCAUCUUGUUCAAAUCGAGUAUUUUGUACUGUCACUCGGUCGUCUCUACUUUCAACUACAAAUUCCUUCCGCGCUGCACGUAUCCCACUGCGAAACAGUUUCGCUAGAAAUGUGUCCACGGUGGAGACAAAAAGAGCUUCGGUGAAGUUGAAAAAUGCUUCUUGGAAGGACCUAAAAGAUAUAUUUGCUUUGGCAGCACCGUAUAAGUGGAGGAUUAUGUUGGGCCUUUCGUUUCUCGGUAUUAGCAGCUCCAUUUUUCUUCUAACGCCAAGAGUGUUAGGAAAGUUGGUAGAUGAAUUCGAUGAGACGAAAAGGGCACAACCAGGAAAGGAAGAUCAAACACUUCAGAUAGCAAGAUUCUUCAAAGACAAUCCCAUCGCACUGGUAGGGGUCCUGUUUCUUGGAGCGGUAGCAAUUGCUGCUCGAGUAUACUGCAUGCAUACAGCUGGUCAGCUUGUCGUUAAUGACCUUCGAAAAAAUGUUUUCAAUGCAGUUCUACGACAAGAUAUUGCUUUUUUCGAUAAGAAUAAGGUUGGAGAAAUUGUUUCUCGUUUGUCCACAGAUGCGCUUAUCGUCGGAUACUCUGUAUCGAUGAAUCUGAGCGACGGUGCAAGAGCACUUUUGACAUGUUUAGGUUCAGGUGGACUUAUGGUCUACACAUCUCCUGCUUUAUGCAAAGUAAUGUUUAUCAUCAUUCCUGUAAUAGUAGGAACGUUUGGAGUAUUUGGAAGACUUCAACGAAAAUAUACUUUACAAAUGCAAGAGGCGGUUGCUGGUGCCAAUCAGGUCGCCACCGAACGACUUUCAAGUGUUAGAACUGUUCGUAUGCUAGUAGCAGAACAAAAAGAACUUGCUGCGUAUGGUGCGAAAAUAUUUGACAUCUGGAUGAUAUCUCGAAAAGAAGGUAUAGCACGUGGAUCUAUGUUCGGAUCGUUUCAAUUCACUGGAUAUAUAGCUCUUUCAACAAUUUUGUUCUAUGGAAGUAAUCUCAUCAGUCAAGGAUUGUUGACUUACGGUGACUUAUCGUCUUUCUGUUUAUAUGCUGUUCUGUGUGCGGGAAGCUUGUCAAGUAUCUCCGGUUUCUUCAUAGAAAUAAUGAAGGGAUUGGGAGCAAGCUCAAGGCUUUUCGAACUGCGAAAUACCCGUCCUCUCAUCCCACUGGAGGGGGGUAUUAAGAAAGGGGACGUUACGGACGCUAUUAGAUUCGAGCGUGUGGCAUUUGCGUAUCCUGGACGAGAUCCGCUUUUUCACAAUAUCUCGUUCGAGGUUCCAGCUGGUCGCAUCACAGCUGUUGUGGGACCUUCCGGUAGUGGGAAAUCGACAAUUGCUAACCUCUUGCUACGACUCUACGACCCUAAUAGAGGUCGAAUAAUGAUAGACGACAUAGAUUUAAAGGACAUAGAUCCAUCUUACUGGCGACGGCAGAUUGGGACUGUCGGACAGGAGCCAAUUCUUUUCUCAACUACUAUUCGAGAAAAUAUCCUCUAUGGAGCCGAAAAACCUGAAAACAUCACAGAAGCUCAGAUUGAGAAUGCAGCUGCACAGUCGAAUGCGUUAGAUUUCAUCCAGACGUUUCCAGAAGGAUUCGACACUAUGGUUGGAGAGCAAGGAUCAAUGCUAAGUGGAGGUCAAAAACAACGGAUAGCAAUCGCAAGGGCACUCGUUACGAAUCCUCGAAUUCUCAUACUAGAUGAAGCAACAAGUGCAUUGGAUGCCACUUCGGAAUACUUAGUUCGAAAAGCCUUGAACAGGCUACUCGAAAAUAGUCAUCAAACAGUUCUUAUCAUUGCUCAUAGGUUGUCCACCAUUAAACAUGCUGAUCAAAUCGUGGUCCUAGACAAAGGGAGUGUCGCUGAACGUGGAAGCUUCGAAGAGCUCAUGUACAUAAGAGACGGAAUUUUCAAGAAACUUGUUGAAAAGCAAGCAAUCAGCUGGAAAGAUGAAGCGUACUGA